CCUAGAGCGCCCUCUAGCCGACUCCGCACGCCCACGUUUCCUGUGUAACCCGGAAGUGGUACUGAGGGGAGCGCGGGAGCGACGGUUGAGGCGAGAGAGCAGGCAGAGCUGCAGGCAACAUGACCACCAGUCAGAAGCAUCGGGACUUCGUGGCUGAGCCCAUGGGAGACAAGUCUGUUGGUACUUUAGCUGGCAUUGGAGAUGUACUUGGCAGGAAGCUGGAAGACAAAGGCUUUGACAAGGCGUACGUGGUUCUGGGACAGUUCUUAGUGCUGAAGAAGGACGAGGACCUUUUCCGCGAGUGGUUGAAGGACACGUGCGGCGCCAAUGCCAAGCAAUCCAGAGACUGUUAUGGCUGCCUGAAGGAAUGGUGUGAUGCUUUCUUGUGAAUGAUGUUGGCCAAAGCCUGGUGGAUGCUGUUAGGGCUUUUGUAGUUGAAUAGAGAUUGUUCCUCCCCAUCUCUCUCAGCACCUACUUCUUAUAAACCUUCCAGCAUCUACACGGGCUGCUGGGGGCUAAUGCUCCCAACACUGGGGUGGGGUGGGGGUGGGGGAGCCAUGGCUGCCUUUUAAUGUAACUGAAUCUUUUUUUCCUCCAGGGAGAGGGUUGAGAAACAUCAAAUGUUCUAAAUCGAUGCUCCAUGUAGGUCGUUUUUUAUGUGGCUUUAAUAGCAACCCCCCUCACUGUUAGGCCACCCAACUCCAGAACCAGACCUGCCUGCUAACAAUAAUGGAAGUUCCCCUACUCCCUUGUUUGAGCUCCAGUUAGAUUGAGGUUUACCCUUCAAUUCUGAAGACAAAAGAUGUUAUUAGGCCUAUUAUUUUUGUGAUUUUUCUCCAGUGUUUGAUCCCCGCUAUAAUUUUUAUGCUACUCGGUUUAUUGGCAAGAACCAAAAAUCAUUGCAAAGUUUUUAAAUCAAUAAAAAUCAGCUGUGUUAACUA